AUGCACAUCUCAAGUGAAGUGAGUUCAACCACAAAUCAUCAGCAGCCACCGCCCGCCAACAGUGGUGCGCCGUCGAAACGCAAUGCUAGUGCAAAUAACACAAACAACAAUAACAACAACAAUAAUAGUAGUGUUAAUAACAACAAUGCGAGUAGUAAUAACAAAAAAGUGGUGGACACAAGUCCAUACCUUACGCCUGAAAACCUCAUUGAACGAACUGUGGAUGUGUUGUUGGCCGAGCAUCCGGGUGAAUUGGUGAAGACCGGCUCUCCGCAUGUGGUAUGCACAACAUUACCCACACAUUGGCGCUCGAACAAAACGCUACCAAUUGCCUUUAAAGUACUCGCUCUGGGCGAGGUGAUGGAUGGUACAAUUGUGACAAUACGCGCGGGGAACGACGAGAACUUCUGUGCGGAGUUGCGGAAUUGUACGGCCGUAAUGAAAAAUCAAGUGGCCAAAUUCAAUGAUUUGCGCUUCGUCGGACGCAGUGGACGUGGCAAAAGCUUCACGCUGAGCAUUGUGAUAUCUACCAACCCCAUACAGAUCGCCACCUACAAUAAGGCGAUCAAGGUGACUGUGGACGGACCGCGCGAGCCGCGUUCCAAAGUGCGACAUCAAGGCUUUCAUCCGUUCGCCUUCGGACCGCAGCGUUUCGGACCUGGUGACCCUCUGAUGGGUGGACUGCCAUUCAAAUUUCCAGGUUUCGCCCACCAUCUCGUCGGCAUGCACAGCCAUUUACAUGCGCCCGAUUGGCGUGCCUUGAGCGCCGUUGGCAACCCAGCAGCCUUAGUUCGACCUGGUUUUCCACACGGUGCACCCUUCUUUCAUCAUCAACAUCCUGCUUUUCAGGCGCACAGCAUCGCCGGCAGCUUGGAUCGUCAUGGUCUGCGCUCUCUAAAUGAUUCUCAUCAUCACCUGACACAGUUGCGUCAAUUAUCAACAGUGGGAGCAGCGCAUAGCACCACCAGCCCGGAGGGUUCACCCACAACCACAACCACCAACUUAGGUGAACGACCGAUGCUCACCACUUCCCCGCCUCUAACCACGACGAAUAGUGAUAAUGAUAAUAACAACAACAUAGAUACAGGUUUCGAAAGUGAUAGUAUUUCGGUGACGGGUUCGCCAAGAAAAACUUCUUCGUUGCACGAAGACGACGAUGGUCGCAGUACUUCACCACCCUCGAACAGUGGCUCGGCCAGUGGAGGCGGCGGUGGUGGUGGUGGCAGUGGUGCAUUUACAUCAUUAAUACAACGAAAUUCGACGACACUGCGCAAAAAUGAGUUCUUCAACGGCUUCGCAUCACAAUUCUCGCCAACAGCGAACAACUUCAAUCCUGCCUUAGCAGCUCAGCUUUUCCUGCAGAAUCCGCUAUUGCCACAGCCCAGUCAAUGGCUAUAUACACAGCUUUAUGGUAACUACAGUGACUUUCCUUGGUUUAGGAGCAACGUGGCAGGUGAUGUCUUAGCGCAACCAGUAGCUGGUGUGCCGCAAGCUGAACUGCCGGAUGCAAAUAACCUGCCAGCGGCGGCGGUGGCGGCUGUGGAUGCGGGUACUAACGGUGUCAAUUUGGUGAAGCGUUGCGUAACGCUAAUCUCUCAUUCGCCGGAUGUGGAAAAUGCUAAUCCGAAUGCCUCGCCGCCAGUCACAUCAACGCGACGUUCACCAUCGCCAGUGGAGACUAUCGAUCUGGACGAUGUGAGUACGACAUCACGCACUGAGCUGGAACGCGGUGGUUAUGGGCCAAUACGUUGCCGCACUCCAAAGUCAGCGGAUGUGUGGCGCCCCUACUAGCGGCUGCGUAACGCCAUGGUGACGGCGUUGGGCUUAAAAGUGCUGGCGGAACAGAGCGAAGCAGACGAUGAUGAGUUGGAGCUUGACGUAAAGCAAUUGGAUUAGGAGGGUAGCGUGGACGCGCUCUGAUGUUGGGGCAAGCGAAGCACAGUUUCGUUUAUUGUGUAGCGAAUUUUAGAUGAGGCUAGAACGCAGUGACAGUGAAAGGUUUUUAAGUAGUUUUAUGUAAAAUAAGUAAUUCUAUGCUAAAUGUGCU